AUGUCAGGACUGCUGACUGCUAGACCGCUGGUGUCUUGGGACCGCUGGCGUCUAGGGGCUGCAGGCAUCGGGACCGCUGACCGCUGGACCGCUGGUGUCUCCAAAUGCUGGUGGCACAGGCCCGCUGGCAGCACAACUGCCAGAGGCUGCAGCUCGGGGCUGCUGAAGGCGGGCUGCAGGCGGCUCCGGGCCACCGGAAGCUGGGCCACAGGCGGUUGGAAGCUGCAGGUGGCGGCUUGGGACCACCGGAGGCAGGACCACCGGAGGCAGGGCCGCAGGCAGCUGAACGCUGCAGGCCGCUCGGGGGCACUGGAGGCAGGACCUCCGGAGGUGGGGCUGCAGGUGCUGGAGGCUGCAGGCGUCUGGAGACUGCUGGCGGUGGGACCGCUGGCGAUGGUUAUAGCUCUAACAAGAGCUGUUACAGCUCUUCUGCUCCUCCGACUCUUCCUUCUGCUCCAGCCAGAGCUCUCCUGCUCCCCUGACAGCCUCACACACCAACCUUUAUGGGAUGCAGACACAUUCUCCUGUACAAAUUAUUGUGUAGUCACCACUGCAGAACAGAAAAUUGUUAUUACCAGAGCCAUAUUGGAGGUUACAGCUGGAAGAGGUCAUAUAUUGUCCAGGACCAAUGCACAGUACUUGUUUAGAACUGCCAACAGGCUCUUUGGAGACAAGUCUCAUGAAUUCCUCUCGUCUUUCAAAAACUCCUGCCUCAAGUUCUACCAAGCAGAGAUGGAAUAGCUCGACUUUCAUACCGCUGCAGAAGAGACCAGGGCACACAUCAACACCUGGGUGGCCGAAAAGACGGAAGGACAGAUUACAGAGUUGCUGUCUCUGGGUUCAGUGGAUUCAAUGACUAAUCUGAUUCUCGUGAAUGCCAUCUAUUUCAAAGGUAGGGAUAAUCAGUUUAACAAAACACAGACCAUGGAAAGACCAUUUAAAGUCAGCAAGAAUGAGGAGAAACCUGUGAAGAUGAUGUUUAAAAAAUCUACCUUUCAAAUGACCUAUAUAGAGGAAAUAUUCACCAAAACUCUGGUGCUCCCUUUUGUGGGCAAAGAGCUGAACAUGAUCAUCAUGCUUCUAGAUGAAAACACGGAUUUGAGGACGGUGGAGAAAGAACUCACUUAUGAGAAAUUUGCAGAGUGGACGAGGCCAGACAUGCUGGACGAAGAAGAGGUGGAAGUUUUCCUCCCUAGAUUUAAACUGGAGGAGGAUUACGACAAGAAGAAUGUGCUUUGCUCUCUGGGCAUGACCGAUGCCUUUGAGCAGGCCAAGGCAGACUUCUCUGGGAUGUCGUCCAGGAAAGACCUGUAUCUGUCCAGGGUGGUGCACAAGGCCUUAAUGGAGGUGAACAAGGAAGGCACAGAGGCUGCGGCGGCCACAGCGGCCAUCACAAUGUUGCGGUGUGCAAGAAUCAUGCCCCGGUUCUGCGCCGACCACCUCCUCUUCUUUAUCCAACACAGCAAGACCAACAGCAUCCUGUUCUGUGGCCACUGCUCCUCCCGGUAA